GGUGGCUCUGGCCCCACCCUGCUCACCUCUCCUUGCUCUCACCUGAGAAACACAUCAUUUUCCUCCUGAGAGUCCAAGACAAACCUUCCUCCUCCUUUCUCUUCCUCUGUCCUGCUUUGGAUUUGGAUAUCUGCUGACUAUCCUCCUCUGUGCUCUUUCAGGAGUCCACCAAAAGUGCCACCAUGAGCUCCAAACUUUGGACAGAGGAGCAGUUCAACUGCCCCGUGUGUCUGGAUCUCCCAAAUGAUCCAGUCACCAUCCCCUGUGGGCACAGCUACUGCAUGGCAUGCAUCAAGGACUACUGGAGCAAAGACGACCCAAAGGGGGUCUACAGCUGCCCCCAGUGCCGGAAGACCUUCUGCCCGAAGCCCUCCUUGUCCAGGAACACCAUGCUGGCUGAAGCUGUAGAGCAGCUCCGCAAAGGGGCCAGCAAAAGUCAAGUGCGUGAGUCUAUGCGAAGCCGUGGUUCCUCCUCUUCUUCAUCUCGAGCCAAACCAAAGCUCUCCACUUCUGCAGUUUUAUGUGAUAUGUGCAAAGGAGAAGAACGGGCUGCAGUGAAGAGCUGCUUGGUGUGUAUGAGCUCCUACUGCACUGCUCAUCUGAAGCCCCAUCAGACCAAGAAGAGCCUGAAGCAGCAUGAGCUGAUCGGACCUACAAGCAAUCUGUCUGAGAAGAUCUGCACCCAGCACAAGUACCUGCAGGAGUUCUACUGUCGGCACUGUAAGAUCUUCGUGUGCUGGCUUUGCACCAGUGACAUCCACAAAGGUCACGAGUGUGUGUCCACUAAGGCCGAACGCUUGGAUAAACAGAAAGCACUGUCAGAGAUGCAGACUGAGAACCAGCAGAGGCUAAAAGACAGAGAGCUGGAGCUGAAAGACCUGAAGAAGGUGAUGGAUGUGAUGCAGAAUUCUACACACAGGGUCCAUGACGACAUGGAGCACACUCUGUCCGAGCUGCAGCACUCGGUGGAGCGUCUGCAGGAGCUGCUGGAGGAGAUUGUGGUUCAGGCGGGGCAGGAGAAGAUGGGCCAAGCUCAGGAGGUCUCUGACAGCCUGGAGGCUGAGAUCAAGGAGCUGAGGCAGAGGGACACGGAGAUGAAGGACCUAGCUAGAUGUGAAGACCACAUCUACUACCUGCAGACUUGUGAGUCCAUGUGCAACCCCCUUGAGUCUGGAGACCUCCCCUCUGUAGUGGUCAAUCAUGAAGCUUCUUUUGAGCCUGUACGCGAAACCAUCUUGGACCUCAGGGAGAAAAUCGAGGACAUGUGCAACCACGAGCUUAGCAAGAUCACCAAACAAGUCAACGACACAACAAUGUUCACUUUGGGAGACUCGAACCGCUUGGGACAUAAAGCAGGGAUUCUAAAACUGUUUUCUGGGCUCGGUUCUCGCAACACAAACAACCGGUCUCCACGAAGCACCGAUAGACGUGGACUCGGUAUAGGCCCCAGAAGUCCUGACGUGAGGAGUAGAGACACACGAGAUAAAGGAAACACAAACUCACCAAGACUUCGAGACAGACUUAGAAUAGGGGAGAGAGAGCCUGCAAGAGAGAGCAACAACAGACUCAACCCAGGAACAAGUCCCAGAGCAAGCCCAACUCCUAGCCGUAGAGAGUCUCAGUCCCUCUGGAGCAGGUCAAACCAGAGCCAGGCUGCCCCAGCACCCACUCCUACUCCAGUCCAUGCUUCUCCAGCUCCUGCUCCAGCUCCAGCUCCUGCACCAGCAUCAACUGGAGGAUCAGCUUUCAGUCGGAUGGCAUCCAUCAGCAGUAUUUUCCGCUCUCAUCGUCGCGGCACCACCCCAGCUACCCCGAUGAAUAGUGCGCCACCUGCUGCAGGAAACCCAUGGGGGAUGUCUGCUUUGCCUGAAACACCCACAGUUGUCAACCCCGGUCUUUUCUUGGACUCACCCAGUCCUAACACCGCGAUGCAGGCUCCUGCUUUCCCUCUAUUGAGAGAAAUCAGCAUUGAUAGCAUUCAGGCCCCAGAACCAAGAGCCAGGGAGGAGUUCCUGCAGUACUCUGUGAUCUUGACCCUUGACCCCAACACGGCCCACAGGCGACUGGUUCUCUCCGAGGGCAACACUAAAGCCACCCUGCAGAGUGCCGCUCAACAGUACCCCGACACCCCUCAGCGGUUCGACGGCUGGACUCAGGUGAUGUGCCCGAGCCCGUUGAACGCCCAGCGCUGCUACUGGGAAGUGGAGUGGAGGGGGCGGGGCUCCUCCAUCGGUGUGACCUAUGGGGCGUUGAGCAGAAAGGGCUCGGAUGCACGAUCCGGACUCGGGUACAACGCCCAGUCCUGGACCCUUGAGUUGUCGGACACCUGCUGCUCGGCUAUGCACGAUAACGAGAAGAAGGACAUACCGGUGACCUACUCCCCCCGCCUCGGUAUCUACCUGGACCUGUCUGAUGGGAUGCUGUCGUUCUACAGCGUGGCGGGCAGCUUGACGCACCUUCACACAUUUCGUGCCAACUUCACUCAGCCGGUUUACGCUGCCUUUGGGGUAGGGAGUGGAGUCGGUGUGGGUCUGGACUUUGCCCUUGGUCAGUUCAGCUCCAGUUCUGACAGCAUUAAGAUCUGUCCUAUGUGAGGGUACUGAACACAGCAACAUGAAGAGCCAAGGAUAAUCCAACUCAUUAGAAGCAGUGACUGAAUGUUUUAGUUUGGUUUCAUAUUUUAACUGCACUUAAAGAAAGAAUUUUGAGUCCCAUACACCAGACGAACAUUGCAUUGUUUAUGACUUAGCUCUAUGGAUGUAAAUGCAGAUCUGUUGGGUGAUAAAACAUCUGGUCUAGACAAAUAAAAUGUUAAAACUGGUGAUUUCCUGACUUCUCAUCUAGCAUAGUCAUCUGAUCCAAUAUUUGUAAAGGUUACUUUGGUCUAAGGCGAGAAAUGUGACAAGCUAUCACAUAUUCACUGAAACUGGAACUGUGGUAAUUAAAUUAAAAAUCAAAUCAUGAAAGAAAAAUAAGAUUUUGAGUCUGUUGUCUGUGUGGAAUUUGUGGG